AUGAAGUUCUCCCUCCCCUUCCUCACGCUCCUCCCCCUCCUCCCCUUCACCUCCGCCUCCGCCCUGCCCCCCACCUCACUCACCCCCGCCUCCGCCCCGCCCCCCACAACGCAGUCCUGCACCGAAGGCACGACUAAAUGCGCAGGCGGCAACCCGGGCGGCGCCGUCUUCAUCUGCCACAACAACGCGUGGGACGUGCUAGUUGACUGCAGAUCCAGCGAGCGGUGUGACAACAAUCCCGCGCCGCAUUGUACGUGGGGUUUUGCGAGGGGGGUUAGGGUGGCUAAUCCUGAGGUGGAUGUUAUGGGGGUUGGUGGUAGGGACGUCGAAGGUGGUGAGGACAAAGACGAAAAGGAUGCUGCUGAGCAGGACAAGACGGUUGUUGAAGGCGAUAACGACAAUCCCCCGAUCUCCCUCCUCGACCUCGCUAUGCCCGCUGGUACUACGGCCGAAAACGCAGUGUGUCGCGGCUGCCAAGGUAUCUUCCAGGCAUGUCUUGAGGGCUGCAACUGGAUGGGCCCCACCUGCGUCAACCGAUGCAACGCGAAGGUCUGCCUGAUGCCUAUGAUCUGGGGCCAGACGUGUAAGUCGUGGUGCAGGUGGCCGUGCUAUUAG